UUUAAAGGAGAGGAGGGAUAGGUAGAAUUUAGGACACAGAGAGAGACCCAGUGAAGUUCUUUGAAGAUCUCUGAAGAAGGGAAGCUACAACUGAAGAUUUCAGAAGACUAUAUCAAUGGCGAUGUUGACCAUUCUUCUGCUUCUCAGCGCUGCCAUUGUUCUGGGCGAGGCCUUUGAUCUACGUGCCGCAAAGGCUGGGGUGGUGGAGGAACAGCAGGAAGCAGAAGCAGCAGAGAGUGAUCGUCCAUGUCCCGGAGGUUGGACCAAAUACAAAUCACGUUGCUUUAUGUUUGUCAACAAUGCAAUGACAUGGCCCCAAGCUGAGAACCACUGUCUGUCCUUUCAAGCAAACCUGGCGUCUAUAAAAGACUGUGUGGAGAACUAUAAUUUACAGCAAUUGGUGUUGAGAAACACCGGCCAACAUCAACCUACCUGGAUUGGAGGAUUUAAUUCUGUUCAGAACAAACUAUGGUUCUGGAGUGACGGCUCCAAAUUUGAUUACCAGAGCUGGGGGCAAGGAGAGCCCAAUAAUUAUGGUGGCAAUGAGCACUGUCUUCAGAUGAACGCGGGAGGUGACAAAACGUGGAACGAUUUAAACUGUGAAGUGAAAUUGCCCAUGGUGUGCGCACUGAGAACCUGUUAAAUCCAGCAAAACAUCAACUCAACUGAAAAAUACAUGUUUUUCCAGUGUCAGCAUCCUAACUGAACACACAAGUCAAAUACUUUUAAAAUUAUUUGUUUCUGUAAAAUUAACAUUUUAGUUACUUGUUGUGCAUAAAUGUUGAGUAAUGAUUCUGUUGUUUGUUGUCAAUAAAACUGCUGUACACAUUAUUUUAAUUAUUAAACAUGAAUGAUACUGCC